GCCGUUGCCGCUGCCGGUGCCAACGUCGCUGGCCGAGCCACCUCCUUCGGCCACUGUCGCAUGCUGCCACCUCCCGCUACUCCGAUGCAUUUCACUCGCGCAUUGCGAUGGCUCGGUGCUCCGGAUAAAAGUCAUAUGGGAUAUUAUAACCAAUUCAGUGGAUUAUCAGAUCGGAUGGGACGGGGCUUUUCAGUGAUCAGAUUGGUUCUGGAUCAACCCCAUCCCGAUCCAAAUCCAUUCUGCUUGCAGGCAGACAGGAGAUGGUACUCCCUCUUCUCCAACCCCUUUGGAACUCCUCUGCUGGAUGGCCAGAACCAGCAGUUGAGGUCCGUGGCCACGAAAAAUCUUCUUGGUGCUUGCUCUGGCAUUUGCCCUUCCCCCAGCUUCAGUUACAAGCCAUUGAAAUCCUUUGCCGCUCCGGUGAAGCCAUACCGGAGUGCCUUUGGAACUCCUUUGUGGAAUCGGCAAAACCAAUUGUUGAGGUCCAUGGCCAGGAAGAAUCUAUUUGGUCCCUGCUUUGCUGUGCAUUCCUCAUCUUCGAGCUUCAAUUACACCCCUGUGAGAUCCUUUGCGGCUCCAGUGCAGGCUAAACUGAAGUCAAAACCAGCUCUAGAUUCAAAUGUGGGGCCUAGGCUUAAUGCAGCGAUCACUGCACCAUAUGUUCGGCUUGUCACUGAUGAGGGUCACGGCAUUGUUUCAAGAAGAGAAGCACUUGAUCGUGCAACAAAGCUCGAACUUGACUUAGUUGAGGUUCAAAGAAAUGCAAAUCCACCUGUUUGCAAGAUUAUGGACUUCCAUAAGGAGAAGUUCAAACAAGAAGUAAAGGAAAAGGAACGUGCCAAAAGCAAGUCGUCAAUUGCAAUGCGGGGCGGGGAUCACAAAGAAGUUCGGUUUAAAGGAAAAAUUGAUUUAAGAGACUUGAAAAUUAAAGCAGAUUUGGUUAUAAGAUUGAUGGAACGUGGUUACAAGAUAAAGUGUACAGCUAUGCCCUCAAGCAAAGAAGAGGAAGACUUGGGUGGGCUCAUAUCACAACUUUUACCUCUGAUAGAAGAUGUUUCAGUUAUAGAAAGUGGUCCACAUGUAGAUACAAGGCAAGCAUAUGUGAUUGUCAAGCACGCUAAGUUUGGAACAAAGAAGUCUGGAAAGAAAGUCAGCAAGGUCGUGGAAACAGCAGCCAAAGGGUUUCAAGGAGCUGUUUCUCACACUCCUGAAGCACUUACCAGUACGAGCCAAGAUGGGAAGGUACUCCAAAGUGAAGAAUGGGAUCCCGUUGAUUGCAGUUCAGAGGCUGAGGAUGAGGCUCAAGAAAACUUCAAAGAGGAAGCAGAUUGGGAAGUAUUCAACGAUACCAAUGACUCAGGAGAUUUAUUUAAUUUUGAUUCAGAGGGGAGUAGUACUCACUCUGGCAUUAGUGGAAAUGCGGAUAAUGCAUCUUCUCGUGCCCGUUUGAUGGAUAAGAACAUCAGUGACACUUCACAUCAUAAGGUCACUCCACCUGUCAGUGGAUUUACAGUUCCAGGGCCUGGACUAGGCUCAUUGAGAUCUGUUGUUGAAACUUCCGAGGAACCUUCAGUUGUGGAUGAUAAUCGAUAUAGAAAACGAACUGUGGUGAAGGGGAGGUUUCACCAGCCAUACUUGUCAGAGAGAAAUAAUGCAGCACCUUAUUUUAGAGCAGCAACGAAUCAAGGGAGGACACAGCAGGAACCUAUGAGAACUGAAGGUCAAGGACGUCGGGUUGAUGCAAAGCAACCACAGUUCUAUGCCGCUACUCCUCCUUCACCAUCAAGCCCUGGGAUUUCCAAAGUUGCAAGAACUCCUGAUGGCAGAUCUGGAGAUGGAACUACGACCAAGGCUGAUGAUACUGAUUCACCAUCUAAAGGUUAUGGAAUUUUCAGUUUGAAGAGUCCUGCAACUGGUAAUGGAAAGAGCCAAGCAAGUUUAAAUAUUGGUAAACCUGGUGAUAUUGGAUCUCAUGCGCCAAAUUAUGGAAUUUUCAGUAGUUCUAAAGUUCCUAACAGUGAAAUGCGAAACUCAGGAGGUGAGACUACUGCAAAGAAUAAGAAUCCGUCUUCACCAACACCCGGUUAUGGAAAUUUCAGCACUAAAAAACCAGCUGUCUCCAGUGAUCAGCACUCUGGAGAUUCUCCUCCAGGUAAAUCUGGCAGUUCUACCCCUCCGACUCGGGGAUACGGAAUUUUUAGUGCUACCAAAUCUGCAUCAUCCGGUAACUAGGGGAACUAGGAAGUGAUAUAAUCAGUUUGCAAGAGGAUCUAGUGGUCUCUUGUGAGUGCCUUGAAAUAUUCUAGACUGGACACUCAAAAAACUCAGAGAUUAGAAAUACCACAAUAAUCAAAGAGGAGAGUGAGAUGAAUCACCAUCGUUCAAGAACUUUUGACAGUGCAAGAAAAGCCCGAUUCACAGGGUGUAAUACAUCAGUUUAGGUAUUUUUAGUACAUAAUUUUCUUUUUGGUUCUACAUUUCAACCAGAUGAAUAAUGCAGCCAUAUUGGUUGAUGAUUUUUCGUUUACUUUAUUGUAACGAGCCUGGUUGAACUCUUGUUGCAUGGCAUCAUGCAUCUCCAUCUACAAAUUCUUUGUGAUAUGGUUUGUUCUUUUAAGAGGGAUAAUUAUAGUCCAUCUACAAAUCUGCUAUGUGUUACAUUUAUUUAUCUCAUAUUUAUUUAUGAGGUGAGUUGGAUACA